UACGCUUGCGAACGCACGCGAUGAAUUUGCGUGUUAAAAGGUCCGCUGAACAGGAAUCAGUCUUCAAGUUCGCGAUCGCGUUUGUCGUUUCUAACAGUUUCUCUCGAUUUCUCGGUCUCUCGGUCGCGUGAUAUUGGGACACCACGUGCAAUGUUUCACUCGCUCGCGCUCGAACGAUAGUUUCCCUUUCUUUUUUCUCCUCGCAACGACGAUACGUCGUAACCUCGUGCCGGGCGGGCGAAUUUCACCGCGAAGAAAAACAUCCGCGUUUUACCCCGUGGCGUUGUCGUGUUUACGAGGAAGAGGAGGAAGAGAAUACUUUCUUCUUGACAGAAAUAAAAGGAUGAGUCCGCUAAACCGAGGGUCCCCUGUGGGAUCCAGAAUAUUGCCGGCCGGCGCCCGCCCGCUCCCGCCACCCAGGUUUGGCGGUAGACCCGCCAUCACGGGCAUGCCGCAACGUAUACCGCUUCCGCCGCGAAUGCCGUCGCCGCCACGGAUGCGUCGGAUGCCGCCGUUGAACCGCAUGUUCAGUCUGAGCGAUCCCAGACAUAGGAUACCGCUACCGCCGCCGCCGCCGCAACCGCCGAGACCCGUCUCCGGCGGAGGCGGCAUGUCCCGACUCAACGGUGUGCCGCCGUUGUUCCCUGGGGGACCCAGGGCACGUGGGCACCUGGCGCCCAUCGCGCCGCCCAUCGCGCCGUCCAUGGGACCGCGCGGACCUUUCAUGCGACCGUGGCCCCGGAGAAUGUUACCCCCGCAGAUGAUGCCGCCCAUGAGACCCAUGAGAUACAACACGAACAACGGAACUCUCAAGGGCAAGCCGAUACGUAACGCGAAGAAGAUGAACAAUCGCGCGGCUCACCCGAGUCCAGCCGACGAAGAGACAGAAAAUCAAGGAGACGAAAAUUGUGUCAGUUCCAAUGACGAAAAAUCUUACUAUUGCGAGGUAUGCGACAGAGAUUUUCCAUCCAAAGAUACUCUGUCCGAGCAUAAAAGCACACACAGGGUUUGCGGCAUUGAUGGAUGCACGUUUUCGGCACAUCCCAUGCUCGUGGAGAAACAUAUUAGUAUGCAGCAUCGUACCGGCUUAUACCAGAGGAUGAAAGAUUUAUCGAUACCUGAAAAUCUCGAAAAGUGGCUAAUGGAACGAAAAAAGAGGUAUCCUACUGAAGCUAACAUAAACUUGCGCAAGGCAGAAGAAUUAGAAAAGUUACAAAGGGGAGAGAUAAUCAAGCAGAACUUUAAUAUACAAACUAGAACGAACAGGACAGCAAAUGUGCGCCAGAAGAAACGCAGACCUCGCAAACGUUACGCAUACGAAAAUAAUAACAAUUACGUUCAUACAGACAAAUUAUACAGAGGUUUACGUCCUUUUCCUGGAAUAAGUGUUUUGCAAGAAGAAGAUAACAAAGCAUGCAUAGAUGAAGAAGUGGACUUACAUGAAGAAACAAAUUUAUAUGAAAAGAUUACUGGCAAUAUUUCGGAUGAGGAUGAUGUACCGCAAACAUCUACGACACUUGAACCCACUAAUUUACCUGUGAUCAGUUCAUCUAUUUUACCAAUUUUAGUAGCGAAUUAUGAAAGUGAAGAAAGCGACGAUGAAGGUCCAGAAGAAGUGCCGGUGAAACGAAUGAAAAUAGAAGAGCUUCAAGAUGAUAAAACAACAAAAAAUACAAUUCAUGAAGAAAUUUCUGAUAUACAAAAAUGCGAAAAUGAUAAAUUGAAAAGCGAUAAAUUGAAUAAUGAAUCCCAAAAAACUGUUGCUAAAUAUCAAGAUGAGCAAAAACACGAAAUGAAUCGAACUUUAAUCGAUAAUAAAAAUAAUAUAUUUUUGCGUAGAUAUCGUAAUAAAUUAUUAGAAAAGCUGCUUUCACGUUCUAUACAACAUGAGAGAAAUUUAAUUUGUCAAUGUGUGAAAUAUAUCAUAGAUAACAAUUUUUUCGAUUUGAACUAGUUUGAAAUAGUAAUGUAAUUACGCAAAAAUGAUAUACCUGAAAUAAAUUUUAUUAUUACGGACCAAUUUCUUUGGGCUAUACUAAUGUGAUUUUUUUAAGUAUAAAAUAUAAAAAAAUGUGUAACCGCAAUUUAUUAAGCAUAGAACUGUGAUCUUUUUGUCUUUCCAGUUAUUAAAAAUCUGUAUAUUUUUUAAAUAAUAAUUUUUUAAUAUAAUAAACAUUUUAUCA